UGGCUAAAUAUACAAAAAUUCCAACUAACAUUACAACUUCUAAACAACCACCACCCACCCACCAAUUAUUUAAAAUUACUCUUUAACUUCAACAACAAAAAUUCAACUGACACAUACAACAAUUGAAUUUUUAGUUCAAUGGAAACUGCCUAUAAUGUUUCAUUAAUAAUCAAGAAUCCAUCAAAUGAAGAUGAAUUUCUACUUGUUAAACAAAACCCACCUCCAAAAUUCAAUGAUAUUGAAUAUGAUUCCUUUUUAGAUUCCCCUUUAUGGGAUUUACCUUCUUCACCAUUAUUAUUACUUCUUGAUUCUCCUUCAAUUAAUCAAAUUUCCAUAAAUGUCCCUCAAUCUUGUUCACAUGGGGUUGAUUUAAGUCAAUUUGAUCUUAAUUCAGCUAUUCACAAGGUUCUAGAGCAAGUGGAAUUAGACAAUGCCACAAUCGAGUGGAAGUUCCUGAAGUACGUACAAGAACCUGAAUUUGGACCAGGAUUGCCGGUAAAGACCGUCUACAUCGUUGGAGCUUUGGAUCCUAAAAAUGGCAAAUUGAAAGAUGUUGAGUUCUGCAAGUGGAUGAGCAUCGAAAGAUGCAUUAGUAUGCUUACUGAAGUGAAGCCUAGCAGCGACCGUAUAGGAUCAUUGGUGGUUGUUGGUCUUCUGAAUGAUUCAAAUAAAUCCGGGACUUGGAGAAUUCCUCCCACCUUGCGAUGUCAGGAGUACCCUCUUGGUGUUAAAGUUAUACCGAUGGAAAGUAGAACAGCUAAGCCUUUUCGCACGACAAAUUUAGUUGUUUUCCUGCCUGAAGGCAAUGCUAGUGGGAGUGACGAUAGUUUUGUCGCUCAUGGGGAAGCACUCAUAGUAGACCCAGGAUGCAAGUCUGCUUCAUAUGAACAGCUCAAGGAAAUCAUUGCUGCUUUGCCGAGAAAACUAGUCAUCUUUGUGACGCAUCAUCAUAAUGAUCAUGUUGAUGGUCUUUCAGUAGUCCAGAAGUACAGUCCUGAUGCUUGUCUUUUGGCUCAUGAAAAUACGAUUCGUCGAAUUAGAAAAGACGAUUGGACUCUCCCAUAUGUUUCAGUUUCUGGAUCUGAGGAAAUUUCGAUAGGAGGUCAGAGAUUGAGAAUUAUCUCAGCACCGGGACAUACAGAUGGACAUAUGGCACUGCUUCAUGUUAGUACAAACUCGUUGAUUGUAGGGGAUCAUUGUGUGGGCCAAGGAAGUGCUCUUUUAGAUGGUGCGUCUGGUGGAAAUAUGAAGGAUUACUUUGAGACGACGUACAAGUUCAUUGAGGUCUCGCCUCAUGCUUUGAUUCCAAUGCAUGGAAGAACUAAUAUGUGGCCAAAACACAUGCUCUGUGGGUAUCUCAAAAACCGGAGACAGAGAGAAUCAACCAUCUUAAAGGCCAUAGAGAAUGGCGCCAAAACGUUGUUUGACAUAGUUGCUUACACUUAUGCGGAUGUUGACCGAAGCCUCUGGUUUUAUGCCUCAUCAAAUGUGAAACUGCAUGUGGAUCAUCUAGCACAGCAGGACAAGUUACCAAGUGAUUUCUCGUUAGAAAAUUUCUAUCGCAGUUGUGCUGAGUUUGCUGGCAUGGUGCAUAAAAUAUAAGGGAACUUUCAGAAAGCUACCCCCAAAGACUGGCAGUUAGCUUUCUUCGUAUUGGUUGGACGACUACUUGUAAUAGCUAGUCUGUACUGCCUGCAUACAUUACGUCAGAUACAGUCUUGAAUGCAGAUCGUUUUUCUCAAUUAUAUACGAGUACAACCUGUACAACUACUUCUGUUCGUGCUCUUGGCUAUCAUAUUGUCAUUUCCAUCAUCAAUUUGCAGGAUUUUUCGGUCCAAAAGUUUCAGGCAACUUGUGGCCUGCGUUUCCUUUUUAGGUGGGUAUUGGAAUUAUCAAGUAAUACAAUAAAGCAUCACCCGGUGAGAGCAUCCUUAUUAGUCGGUACUGGGGCCGUGGCCAUCGGUUAUUUAGCUGUAUCCUUCUCCGCAAAGAAACAAAGAUUUUUCUAGUUGAUGCCAACGCUUCUUUCUCCGGAAGGCAGAAGCUGGCUACCGGCAGGCUACAGGUCUCAUCCUCCCUCUCAUUGUACCAGAAGCUCUAGUAAAAGCGUGACGAUGUUUCAAUGCUAUUUUUAGUAGUAAAAUACGAUUGAUAGUGUUGUGCGCAUAACUCGCCAUAAUUGUUCUGCUUGUCUGCAUUUCUGAUACUUCUUUGUGGCUAAAAGAACGAGAUUGGAUCAAUAUUAGAAUUGUAAGACAAGAUAGUGUUAAUUGAUCACACUACUUCCGCGACAGUUAUUACCGAAACCAUCUUUUAUUUA